AUGGCGGCGGCGGCGGGGUCGUGCGGCGCCGUCUACCUGGGGCGCCACCCGCAGACCCACCGGGACUACGCCGUGAAGCUGAUCCCCAAGGACGCCAGCGACCAGCGCACCGCGCGGCUGCUCCAGCGCGUGCGGCUCGAAGGCGACCUGCUCCUGGCGCUGGACCACCCGCACAUCGUGCGCGGCUACGGCGUGAUGGAGACCGACAGCCACGCGUUCCUCUUCAUGGAACACGCCCAGGGCGGCGACCUGCUCGAGUACCUCAACCGCGAGGGCGCCCUGACCGAGACCCGCGCACGGCUCAUGUUCCGCCAGGUGGUGCGGGCCGUGCGCCACCUCCACCAACGCGGCUGGGUGCACCGCGACAUCAAGGAGAACCUCGAAGCCCAACAACAAGCGAAGCGACGAGUCGCUGUUGUCGUCUCCAUCAUCGUCCGCAUCGAGGACGUCAUCCUCGCCACGAAGGAGACGCAAGGUAUCCACUUCCACUUCCACCACCUCAACUUAUGGGCGCCGACGAAGAGGAUGCAGGAGUGCGUGGGCACGUUUCCCUACGCCGCCCCGGAGGUGAUCAACCGGGAGAAGUACAUCGGGCCCGAAGUCGACGUCUGGUCCCUCGGCGUGGGUACGCCGCCCUUUCCUUUCCCCGCCACACAGCAGGCUUUCCCAAUUCGCAUUUAUGGGCACACCAUCUCCAUCUGCCCAUCGUGA